GAGGUUAGUAGGAAUGGGUGUAUAAUACAAUGGUAAUGGUAGACGGACGGCUGGGUUGCAUCUGGACGGCGGUUGCAUUGCUGGCGUUAGGCUGUGGUAAUAUGGGAUGUCAGGUUCAUCAGCGAUGGUUUCUGACAAAGGGGCUACAAAGGGACUCGACAGACAUCAUGGCUCCGGCUCAAUAUCUCCGCUAAAUAUAGCCAAGUGACUCUAUGGAACGUCUGGAAAGGAAUGAUAGCUGAAGAAUGUCUAACGCAUAAGGUUCGGAUUAAAGUAUCCACGGGCCCUGGCUGAAAUAGCCCUCUCUUUUAUCUUUGGGAGUUCUUUAUCUCUGUAAAUAACCCACCGCAACAGUGGAGAAGUUCUUGGAAAUGCUCAACCCCGGAACUCGGAUGCAAAUGCUCCCCUCACAACUCUUGGACCAUACUCGGCAUGUCCGAAGUUCUACUGCCAUCCAGAUGAUACUAUUUCUAUAACACUCCAUACAUCAUGGACCCGAAGCAAACUGUUCUCGAAGAGUGGAUCGAGAAGGCAUAACUCGAAGAGUGGAUCGAGAAGGCAUAACUCGAAGAGUGGAUUGAGAAGGCAUAACUAUGACUUCAAUCCAACGGGAACGGAACGGGCCACGGCAAGGUCACCUUUUGACAUGUGGACGAGACUAAUGUAUAGCGCUGAAUCGUGUAUGUUCUUCCUCCUUGGUAGGUAAUCUAGUAAAGUCUACUUUUGAGGCAUAAAGGACGUCAGCAUACCAAGUCUUUGUUAUUGGGCUCAAAGGCAUAUAUUCAUAGCGCUGGAUACUUGCCAGCCGGAGUUCUGUCUGUACGGCAUCGAAAGAUCCUUGGAUACUUGGGAUAACACAUGACAAGAAUGGAGAAUUCGAAACGACAAAGUUGCCUAGAACUGGAUGCUUGUCACAACGAUCCUUUGUGUCCAGAUUGAGUGUCUCUUUCCCUUGUCUCCUUUUGCUGUACAACCUCAACUUGGACAUUGGUCUCGUGUUCAGGUAUAAUUGGGCUUCACUUCUCCACUAAUACUUAGACAACAAAGUGAAAAUUCAGAGUAUCACUACAUCUGUCUCUACCUGAUUGAUCCAUAAUAAUAGACUCAUCAAAUCAUAUCAUCACGUCGAAAGAGCACAACAGAGUCAAAAACCUUCUCCUCUCAGCCAACCCCUCCAACCAAAUGCAGACAUUACUGUAGAUCAUCAGAAUUUUCAGGCACAAGUCUCUACCAAUUCGCUGAAAUCCGGGGGCAAAUCACCCCUCUACCCGUCAAAUGAACAAAUGAUAUUCCUCCACCAUAUGCAUGUACACACCCCUAAGAGCCUAGUCCCUGGAGAAAACACCACACACUUCACUUGAAGAUAUCUCCACCGCUCUUUUGUGGAUCUUUUUACGCGGUAUCCUGACACUUUGUGCGCUCUUCCCGUGAAUACUCCGUAGUGUGGUAACUUCCGUAAUGCAGAGGAGAGUAAAGGACAGUUGAAGAGGGGUUGUCUUUGUCCUGUCUUGUCUUUGACGUUUUGGCCACUGCACUUGCUGACGCCGCCGCAUCUUUCUGAUACUACGACAACAUUCUUACGGCCAGUGUAUUAUUUACGAACUGAAGUCAUUCCCACCUCAAUACAUCUCUUAUUAACAUCUAAUACACCUUCGUCCUAUGGCCACAACCUCCGAGAGGUUCUGCUAGGUUCGGGCUAAGCCAAGGAUUGACCAUGGAGGGGCUGCGAAUUAAUGAGCUGCUGGUAAAUGGCUACUUCAAGACCAAGACAGCGAGAGACAAGAGUCCAUCUGGGUACGACAGAAAUCCUCAGCCUCCAAGCUCCAACGUCCCGUCCUUCCUCCACACCCCCACCCAUCACAUCCCACGAGAACGAGAACGCAGCAGAAGUCGAGGACCUCGAAUUCCACCUCCCCCUCGCCCUAUCGUAGAAGACGAAGCUAUCUCCCUAGCUAGAGAAUCAUCCCCUUCUAUCCCGUCCUACGACCCCCCACUGCGGGGUAAAAUCAACCAGAAUCCUAUCAUACUCGAAGCAGAGGUCACAGCAGCCGAAAGAGCGUUCCUACAAGAUGUCGAUUGCCCAAAAGAUGCAAAUGGUAAUCCAGAGAGGAGGUUUGUCUUCGUCCCAAAGGCGGAGAGCACUUCUGGUUCGGACGAUGAGGUGAAGCAGCGGAGGAGGGAGCUAAGAAACAAAGCAAAGGAUACAAAGAGAGAAGAGCCGAUAAAGAAUGGAUCAAGGUAUGAACAGGGGAAAUAUGAUCCGAGAAGAGAAGAGAAAAAGCAGAGACAAGAAUUACCACGACAGGAUUCUAGGCGGGAAGAGAGAAGGGACACAAGGAGGGAGGAGAGGCCCGAGAAACCUCUACGGCAGGAAUCCAGGAAGGAAGAUCGACCAGAGAGGCCACCGCGACAGGAUUCUAGAAGAGAGGUCAAGAUCGAGCAACCACACCCACCGCUUGAGCGCAGGAGGAGUAGACAGGACCUCCCAACGCUCGAAACCAAAGUCCCGCGAGAGAUCCCACCCAAAUUCAGAAGAAGUGCCUCUGCGUUUGCAGCAAGUCCAAGAGAAGAGGAGUUUCCCAAACCACCAGCUCCACGAACACCAGCUGCAGAAUACUUUCUCUCGCCAGAAGCUAUCAGGCCUAAGGAAUACUUCACCCAAUCCGUCCCUCGACAACAAGCUCAUGACGCGCUAUGGGGAAAGAGUGGAACUCCGACGGACAAAAGAAAUAGCGGCAGCUUUUCUGGAUCGCGUCCUGGAACGCCAUCUUCAGAUAAACGGAACAGUGGGAAUUUCGAAAAGCUGACUAGACCGCAGCAGCUGAUGGAAGAAGUUGGUGGUCGACCAGGCGAGAAAUCUGCCCGAUCCUCGAGAUCGUCAACACAGAGGAAAUCAUAUUACAGCAGCAGUGAUGAUGAGAUUGCGGACAGUGACUCCGAUAAGAACAGACGCCAUCUUGGCCCUCGAGGAAAAGAAGAUUAUCAUCACAGAUCUCCGUCUAAAUCUAACAGGUCCUCCAUGGAUCUCAAGGGAUCAAGACGUGCGAGUCCACUACCUUCUCCCAAGGUCUCUCCAAGUCAGAUUCCUAGAGGAGAUUACGUUGAACGUGCAGAAACGUUCCCACAGUCCGGAAGAAGAAAUACGUCGCGCCCUGUAUCGCCAAAUUCCGAAAUACCAAGAGCAGAUAGAUUGAAUCCUGUGGAUGUCCCACGACCCAAAUCAAGAGCAGGCGAGCCUCGCCCAUCUAACUCAUCUUAUACAUCUCUUCCAAUUCAUAUCCCGUCAAGGAUUGAUCUACACUCGCCAGGAGAAACAAGAACUUCGCCAGCUAUUCCACAAUUUGGAGUCGCCAACUCAUGGCAGCCUCCAUCUCAAAAUCUCGAGAAGCCAGUUGGAUCAUAUCGAAGAUAUUCUCAGGAUAUUGAACGUGGAAGUGUGGCGCCGCUCCCAACAUGUCCGCGAACGCAUUUCACUCGUGGACGAAACGAUUGGUUGACUCUACCUCAAUGCCCAUCUUUCGAUAUCUGUCCGUCUUGCUUCAACUCCAUCAUCGCUCCAACCGACUUCCGUAACUUGUUUAUACCUGCCGCUCGUCGACCGCCAGAUGUCGAGGUUCUCUGUGACUUCGGUAGCUCUCCAUGGUACAGGAUCGCCUGGCUAUUGACGAGAAAAGAAAGAAGACGAGAUCUAAACCUCUUCUACGGCCUAGCCAACAUCGCUGCCAGCUACCCACCUUGUCUCGGUAAACACGAAGCGAUCAGACAAUGGCAUUCCGUCAUCGACCACAAAACCGGCGCCCCAGUCCGCGGCUUCGAUGUCUGCUUCAGCUGCGUCAAAAGCGUCGAGGUCCUCCUCCCGACCAUCCGCGGCGUCUUCGUCCGCACAGAGACCACCCCCAGCCCCCGAAUUUGCGACCUUAGAUUCGACAGCAAGCGCUUCGUCCAGUACUUUGACGCCCUCGAAACCACCGCCGACCUCGCCUCCUACCACGACGACGCGCCCGAUACCCGUGACCUUGCCAGCCUCGCCCGCCGCCUUGCCCUCUUCGAGGAGUGCCAGCAGGAUAAAGACCUUCUUGACCGCCGCUGGCACAUGAUCACGCAACUCCCCGAGUUCACCGUCUGCGAAGAAUGCUUUGACGAGGUCGUCUGGCCGGAAUUAGAGGAGAAUAAGGCUAUUCCGCUGAUGUUUAAUAAGAAUCUUCAGAGGUUGCCCAAGGCGAGCUGUCAACUUUACAGUGCGAAGAUGAGGGGUAUUUUUAGACUGGCUGUCGAUAGCGGGGAUUACAAGAUGCUGGCUAGUAAGGCGAGGGAGAGGAAGAAGAUUGAGAGUGCGUAUAAGGCGAAUUUGGGCGAGUUGAGACGCCAGAAGGGCUUCGGGAGUUCGGGUGGGAAUGCGAGUGUGACUGGGGUUGUGGAGAGGGAGGUGGGAAGGUUGGAGGAGGAGUGGAGGAAGUGGGAAUGAUUGAGCUAUGGAUGAUGGAUGAAUACAUGAUUCGAUGUAUGAAUUACGAGAAUGAAAUGAUGACAUGACGGUUUAUAGUUGAGGCCUUUUCCAUGUGUUUGCGAUGAUAAUAUGGUAGGUCGAUUUUGAUGUUAGUAGAGAUGGCGUCUGCUUUAUUUUGUCGUUCUUUUCUCUAAGAGACAUUAGCAUGUAGCGACAGAGAAGGAGCGGGAUGAUGACUCCGUGAAGUUGAAGUGAACGUGAGAUGAUAAUUAUGUGAAGAUUAAGGUCAAC